GUGUGUGUGUGUGUGUGUGUGUGUGUGUGAACCUCAGUGUUGCUGGGAUCUGGAUACAGAAAUGUUAAAUGAAGAGGUAACUUACUGAUGAAAGGAACACGCCCACUUUCAUACAUGGCUGAAAUAUAUAAAAAUGAGACUUCCUCCUUCAGCUCUGUUGAUCUUUGAUCUUGUUUCCACUGCUGUGUGAACAGAAGAUCACUGACUUUCAGGAAAUCUGAGCCGUGCGUUCAGUGGGGGCAUCGCUGAAGAUGCCGUUCCUCCUGCCGCUCCUUGCCCUCCUCCUCCUGUCCGCCGCUCCCACAGUAACUAAAGUGGUGACAUCGAUAUCGGACUGUGACGAAUACUUUCUUCACCAAACUCCACCACAGAUCGGGGGAAUCUUGGAGGGAGGGAACAUCCUGGACCAGAACAGAUACAAGCCCAUUUGCCAGACCUUGAAUAACUUGAGAACAUUUGUGACACUCUACGACACUACCAACAAGAUCCCAGUGUUCUCUGCUUACAAGUACAUUGGGAAACUAAACAUAAAGAGACCUCAAAGCAGUUGGAAGAUAGAACCACAGCUUGAGAACAUAAAUUGGAAUGCAAACAUGAGGAUGGAAGACAGAAGGAAGAGCUACAUUCACCAGGCCAUUAAGACUGAUUACAUUAACACCCGAGGAUUCGACAAAGGGCAUUUAUUACCAAGCUCCUAUGGUUUGAACGAAAAUAACAAAAUAUCGACCUUUACCCUGACCAACAUUGUUCCUCAAGUAGACUCAUUUAAUCAGGGAAGCUGGAAGAAUAUGGAGACCUGCGUUCGAUGUGUCCUUGAUAAAUACUGCAUCGACAACAAUGACCAAACAGAAGGCUUUGUGGUGAUCGGAGCACGGCCCAACAACAACAACAACCUCCUCAACAACAAGGUCAAUAUUCCCUCUAUGCUCUGGUCAGCUUUCUGCUGCUACAGCAAGAGUCACAAGACGUGGUUAGCAGGGGCACACUGGGGUGACAACAUUAAAAUGGAGAUCCAGUGCUUCAGACCAAGACCUUGGACGAGCUCCAUCGAAAACUGGAAGAACAAGCAGAAUCUAAAGCAUUUCCAGGAACAAACUGUCCGCUCCACACCACUGUGACCCAGCUUUACCCUCAUCUCGAUAGAACGUGUAACUGCCCACCAUCCAUUUCAACUACCUCUGCUCCUCCCACAACUGCCUCUACCACUCCCGUUUCAACAUCUGCAUCUCUGCCUACCACAUCUGGCUCACCCACUACCACAUCUGGCCCUUUUACAACAACAUCUCCUCCAUUUAGUACC